AUGCGCCCUCUUCAAAUCCUCAUUCUUGUCUUGCAAGGCUCGCUUGCCGCUGAAGCAGCUAGCUGGACGUUGCACGAAUCUUGUUACAGAAAAGAAGUAUUCGAGAACGGCAAUCCAUCAAAGAAGAUCACUGUGGACGACAAGGAAUUGGAGAAUGCCAUUCUCAAAGGCGUCGAGGACGCAAAGGCCUGGGCGGCAGCCGCCGCUUCCCACAUUAAAGACUCACUGAGCAAAAACCCCUUGAAGGGUCGGGCUGUCAAAGCUGCUUUAGAACCCCUUGUUGGGAAGGAUGACUAUAACAAAGCCGCAGGCGACGUCAAGUCGAAAUUCGACAACAUCGCCACCAUGGAAGGCCCCGUCGGUAGGGAGGGUAACGAGAAUGGGAGAUAUGAGAAGUCUUCAGCUUGGGCAGCUCUCAAAAAGUCGGACGACCACCGCUUCAACUUCAUCAUCACCUGCCGACCAGACAUCGAUUGGGUCCCUGACCAAAACGAACUCAACCCCUUCCCAGUUCCAUGGGACAAUGUCCGACAAAAUCAACUCACGAACCCCCACGACUUUGUCAAUUUUCUCAAAGAGGAAGAAACGCUAGGAGAUUGGGGUAAGAUAGGCAACGAUGGAGUCAAAGUCAAGGCCGUUACCGCGCGCGAUCUGAAUACGCCAACCGGCGAGCGUUUGAGAAUCCCCGAAUCGAUCAAUUUUCACCCCCUGUGGAUCAAAUUCCAGCGGAGCAGGGGAUUUGUUGACUGGACGCAGGAAACGGUCAAUAAAGCCACAGCGAAAACGGCCCCUGAUGCGUUUCAGAAGCUAAGUGAGGAGAGGAAAAAGGAUAUUCGUCCAGUGGAUGGCUUGCUUCAAGACUGCUUCACAACAAACGUUUUGCACGAGUUCUUCCAUCUGACGUCCUUUGGGGCUAUGUUUGACGACAUGGAUCUAGCCUACGGAUGGGCUAAUAACGUCAAGGCCAAGAAUCGCGAGAACCCCGACUUGUAUUCUCUCAUUGCCGCGGUCAUCCAUUUGCUCUACAAAGAAGGAACGAACUACAAGGUGACGGCAGAGGGCCAUGUGAAAGUUAAGGCUCCCUGA